AUGGACACUGCAUUCAAUCCAGCUAUAUUUUUGAAUGACAACCAAGCAGCCAUGCUGCAGUUGCAAGAUUUGUUCGGUCAAGACGAAUUGGAUCUUGGAGGAGGAGGAGGAGGAGGAGGAGAUCCAUCAUUGUAUUAUGAUGAAUUAACAUUUGUCUCAGAUCAUACAUCCACCAUGGUUGAUACUAUUGAGCCUUCUCAUUUAAUCAGCCAAAACUACGUCGACAACAUCAUGAACACCAUUGUAACAGAAGCACCAUUAUCAAAACGACGACGCAGUAGCACUUGCAGCUCAAGCUCAUCCUUGUCCUCCUAUUCAUCUUCAUCCUCAUCAUCCGAAGAAGAAGGCGAUGAGGAGACAUUUUCAUCGCUGGCUUCUCGCAGAUCAAGUCUCAGCAGCGAUUCUGAAGAAGAGCAAGAGGAGAUCAUCACACCUUUUAUGCAUCGUCGCCAAAUGGAAGAAAUGAUUUUGGACAAGAUCACGAAUCAGUUGGAUGCUGAAAAGCUGCCUGGCAUUUUGACCAUUAUAUCAAAGCAGCAGCAAGAAGAGGAAGAGGAGGUGGAGAUUGAUUUGGCUCGCUUGGACAGAGAUCAAUUAACGAGAAUACUAUCAUACAUUGAUGCUUGUUUGAAGGAGAAGCAGGGCGGACCCAAGGUCAAGCUUUCAAACUACACGUUAAAACCAAACCCUAUAGCUUCUACAUUGCCAACAGAGAAAGCACAACCUCCAUUACCCAAAAAACAACCGCACACAAAGAACCGCAGCAAAAACAAUCGGAACCGUCGAAAAUCGAUUAUUGAGACGGGCCACACUGUUCGUGGAUCAUCACAUUCGCAACUAUCGGCUUCACAUGGACCUAUAUCCAUGUCGGCACUGACAGAGAUGGAAGCGAGCAGCAAAAAGAAGCAAGCCAAUAGUAAUAAACGCAAGAGAAGAGCAGCAAAAAAGAGAAAAUCAGAAGACGACCUGACAGUGCAAAUGUCCAGCAAAGACUGUGCGUUCAAUGACAGCAUUGCCUCAACAAAACCAAAACGAAAAUCGGCAGUUCACAAGCGCAAAUUACUAGAAGAGAUGCUGCAACCAUCAAGCGAUAGUGAAGAUGAUCAACUUGAUGGAGAUGCAGACGGCGGAAGCGGCAUCAUCAUUUUUGGCAAUGAGCAAAUGGAUUUGGCUGUUACCCACAACGAAACCAUUGUGCAUCGGGAAAGAAGGUUAUCCAUCAUACAGAGAUCGAAUAGUGUCGCAGCGUUCAAGGCAGUAGAGCAAAAUAGUCAUAUUGUCAACAACCUCGUUGAAGAUGAUGAUGAUGAUGAUGAUGAUGAUGAUGAACUAAUUGAUAUCAUGAUGUAA